UUGUAGCCUAGUGAAAAGGCUCGGAAGUGAGACGCGAGUGUGGAGUUCCGUGGGAACGGCUUUAAUAUCGCAGCUUAUUAUUUACUGAGGGCUUUGUUCCUGUUACGGAAGUGAUUUUUUAGGGUUAGAGCUUUGAUUUUGUUUCAUCUGAGCUGCUGUGUUGUUCCUGUCAUCAUGAUGAAAAGACAAGUGGACCUGGACCUGGACCUGGACCUGGACCUGGACCUGAUGAAGUGAUGGCAGAAUAAAGAGCAGGUGCUGCCGUGUGUGACAUGUGGUGUGUUUUUGAUUGUCACAAUGAGCUUCCCAGAGAACAAAAGCACCACAUGCACGUCCUACAUGCUACAGAUACACGUGAGACCGCCCCACAGUUCACGUCAGUCCUGCACAGUCAGGGUGCGAAAGGACACCACGGCGGCCCUGGUGGUGCAGAGCAUCGUUGAGCUGCUUGAACUUAACUCCUCUCAGCCGUACGAGCUGAUGGAGGUGAGGGAACAUGCAGGGGACAAACACGUGCUCCGGACGGACGACUGUCCUGUGGACCGCCUGCUGCUUUGGCCUCAGGGACAUGAGGAACAUCAGGGUUAUUAUUUCACCUUUCAGGAGUGUAAACCUGACCCAUCAAGGCAGUAUAUCACAGCCCAGGAAUUUCUUAUGCCCCACCUGGAAGACGUGAAGGAUCUGUGCAGCCUCGCCGUGAUUAACGAGGCCAGUAUUCUAGAAACUCUACGCUGUCGCUUCUACAGGAGCCAAAUCUACACGUAUGCCAGUAACAUCCUCAUCAGCAUCAACCCCUUCAAGUUCCUCCCAAUCUACAACCCCAAAAAUCUGCAUAGGUACGAGAAUUGCAUUCUGGGAAAAGAAGAACCUCACAUUUUCACUAUAGCGGACGCUGCGUUCUGGGCCAUGCUGAACAAACGCACCAAUCAGUGCAUCGUCAUCUCCGGAGAAAGCGGCUCGGGGAAAACACAGAGCACCAACUUCAUUAUCCACUGUCUGACGGCGCUGAGCAGGAAAGGCUGCACCAGCGGUGUGGAGAGGACCAUCUUAGGGGCUGGACCAGUACUGGAGGCUUUUGGAAACGCAAAGACGACGUACAACAACAACUCAAGUCGCUUUGGGAAGUUUAUACAGGUGAAUUUCUUGGAAGGAGGAAUUGUUAGAGGAGCCACAAUAGAGAAGUACCUGUUGGAGAAAUGUCGUCUUGUUUCAAGGAAGAGCAGAGAAAGAAACUAUCAUGUGUUUUAUUACCUGCUUGUCGGAGCAUCUCAGGAAGAAAAAGAAGAGUUCAGACUUUUAGAACCUGAAAAUUAUUAUUACCUCAAACAGGAUCAGGGUGAUGUGGACGAUGCAGCAGAGAUUAAGUACGAGUUUAAGAGACUUCAGCAGGCCAUGGAGAUGGUCGGCUUCCUGCCUGCUACCAAGAAACAAAUAUUCUCUGUGCUUUCUGCUAUUCUGUAUCUGGGAAACGUGAGCUAUGAGCCGAGAGCAGAUGGAGACGGAGUGACUGUGGGACCCCCAGAUGUUCUUCAGACUCUCUCUGAACUGCUCAAGGUGAGAGAGGAUCUUCUAAUCAAGGCUCUGACUUGGAGGAAAACUCAGACAGUGAAUGACGUCCUUGUGCUGCGCUACAGCCUUAGUGAGGCAAUCACUACACGAGACUCGAUGGCUAAAUCUCUGUACAGCUCUCUGUUUGAUUGGAUCGUCCUCCGCAUCAACCACGCUCUCCUCAAUAAGAGGGACAUGGAGGAUGCUGUCCCGUGUCUCUCUAUCGGUGUGUUAGACAUUUUCGGCUUUGAGGAUUUUAAGACCAACAGCUUUGAGCAGUUCUGCAUUAACUAUGCUAACGAGCAGCUACAGAGUUACUUCAACCAACACAUCUUCCUCCUUGAACAGGCAGACUAUGUGAUGGAGGGAAUCAGCUGGACCUCAGUGAGUUACACAGAUAAUGUUGGUUGCAUUAAUCUGAUCAGUAAGAAGCCCACAGGUCUGCUGUACCUGCUGGAUGAGGAGAGCAGUUUACCUCAGGCUACUUACAGUACACUGUUGGAGAAGUUUAAGCGGCAGCAUCGAGAGAACCCGUUCUUUAUUUCUACACCAGUUCUAGAGCCAGCGUUCAUCAUCCGACACUAUGCCGGCAAUGUCAAAUAUCAAAUAAAGGAUUUCAGAGAGAAAAACACGGAUCAUGUGAGGCCUGAUAUCGUGGCUCUCCUGCGCAGUAGUGAACGAGGAUUUCUGAGGUGCAUAAUUGGAACAGACCCAGUUGCAGUGUUCAGGUGGGGAAUUCUCCGGGCCACUAUACGUGCAGUGUAUGCCAUGAAAGAGGCGGGGAGACGCUGGGCCACUGAACAUCCAGCGACAGUAAGGCGAUACUCUCGUGACUCCCUGAGGGCACAGAAGAGACCGAGCUCCUCCAUUGGGCGAUUGAUGAGCCAGUCUUAUCUCAUCGACUUCUCCUUUGACCGUUCUGAGGAUUAUCCGCUGGAGAUGUUGGAGGACGUCUUUGCCACAUUCGAAAAUAAAAAGAAGAGUCGCUUGGGCCGCAACAAACAGAUCAUACCAAAGAAUCUGUUGGACUGUCGAUGUCUGAAGCUCAUCAUGGACUUGAAUCUUUACAACAGUGACACUCGUGCUUUACUCCACCUGCACAAGAAGAAGAAACCUCCCAGCAUCAGCGCCCAGUACCAGACAUCUCUGGUGAAGCUGAUGGAUACACUGAGGAGAGCAGAGCCGUUCUUUGUACGCUGUAUUAGAUCCAAUGCUGAGAAGAGGGAAAUGCAGUUUGAUGAUGACUUUGUCCUUAGACAGUUGAGGUACACUGGCAUGUUGGAGACGGUUCACAUUAAGAGAUCAGGUUACGGAGCUAAGUUCACUUUUAAGGAGUUCAGGGAUGAAUUCAGUAUUUUGCUGCCCAGGAGAUCGUCUUCUCUCAGGCAGGACAUUGAGAAUCUUCUGUUUAAAAUCACUUCAGACAAGAACAACUUUCAGAUCGGCAAGACCAAGGUGUUUUUAAAGGAGAUGGAGCGACUGAAGCUCCAGGAGACACUGCACAAGGAAGUGAUGCGGAGAAUCCUCCUGCUGCAGCGCUGGAUUCGGGCGUGUCUCGCUCGCAAACACUUCCUGAUGAAGAAGAGAGCCAUCAUCAUUGUACAGAGAUCAUGGCGAAGUUUUCGAGCGUCGACCAAGUGCAGAGCUGCCUUCGUGAUCCAGAAAGCAUGGAGAGAUUCUCACGAGCGAGCAGAGUAUCUGCAUCAGAGAGAGAGCCUGAGGAACCUGCAGCAGCUUAAACAGAGCUCAGAGACUCGCAGGCGUCUGCAGGAGGAGCAGGGGAGCAGGGCAGAUGGUCUUAAGGGCAUCACAGGAAGUGUGGAGAUGCUGCCGCCACGCCUUGAUGGUAAAGUAAAGCCACUGCCUCCUUUACCCGUCCAUGCGCCAGCAGAGAAGGAGAAUGUGAAGAACUUCAGAAACGAGCCGCAGCAGAACCCAGGUGGCGUCACGGAGCCAAGAGAGAGAAGAGAGAAGGAGGGGACAGACAGAAACGCAUCGCUCCCUGUAGCUCCGCCCAAACCCGACCCUCUCACCGAACCAAAAGCAGACGACGGUGGCGGCACGCUGCAGCGCUCCAAACCAGCCAACAUGAAGGAGAAAGUGGAGAAGUGGAGAGAGCGAAGGAGUGACAUCGAGAACUUCAGGAUAAGCAAAUUAAACGGUCGAGGAAUCUCAAUGUCUCUGGAUAAUCUGAACUUCAGAACGAGUUCGUCUGAGUCUGACAGCACGUCUCCAUCUACCUCUGAGGUGACGCUGCGUAGACGUAAGCGCUCGAGACACAAGCGGCGAUUGGCUAACGCCCGCAGCGGCCUCAUGCUGAAGGCCACAGAGGAGUGUGAGGAUUACUGGAUUUUCCCACUUCCUCCCUUCAGCCCGGGAAGCUCAUAUCGGUCCAGUGCCCCUGUGGUGCUCGAGAAAAGCGAGUUGCCUGAUGGACUAAAAUCACAUGUGACACAGAACCAGAGCGACGCCACACACACACAACCACUCGCUCCUGAAAAAGGAUCAUUUUUUGGGCGAUAUUUCCCUUUGGGUCAAAAGAAGCGUCUCACACCUCAGGAUGGAAACAUGACGAUGGCCAAGACACUCGGAGAGAGAGACGAGCACUUGAAGAGGUCCAGCAGUAACUCCCCCACGUCCCUGAGUCCAUCCUCACUGGUGAGUCGUAGGAGACAGAGUAUAAAGAUCAGCCGAGGGACUCGAGUGAGGGAGCAGAGCAACACGUCACUUAACCGUCAGAUCACAGACGGCACAGAACUACGCCACCUCGACGAGUUCCUGGGAAACCAGAUGAACGAUCUACAGUCCAGAGCGAAGUCUCUGUCAGAGACGGAGGUGAUUUUCUUGACGGCCACAACGCAGUUCAGAGACACUAUAAAGAGCAUGUACUCUCUCUCUAACCCUCAGAUCAGUUAUAAAGGCCUGCUGCAGGGAUAUAAAUCUAAAGUGGAAACUUUAGCUGCACAGAAGAAGAAGGACGAGGUGCCGCUGGUGGUGAAUUUAUUUCAGUCUGUGCUGGACGGCUUCAUCAGAGCCGAGAUUAAACGAGUCUCAUCAGAGAGCGACCUCACCAAGCUCACAAAGAAGAUGAAGAGGGUUCGGGAGAAUGAUAAGUGUCCUGACAGCCCCCUGGAUCACUUGUUCUGUACGUACCAAGUUAACAUCGUUCAGUCAUGUGACAUGUGCGGCUCGUUCAUCUGGGGUAUGGAGAAAGCCUGCAUGUGCAGCGCAUGUAAGAUGGUGUGUCACAGGAAGUGUAUGUGUAAGAUAAUGACACACUGCUCCAAACACAUGGUUAAGAAGGCUGAAGAAGGUAAAGUCACCGUGUAUUUUGGAGUGCACUUGCCCACUCUGACCAGCAGGGCUGAGCCAGUGCCCUGUGUGCUGGAGAGGAUGUUGGCGCAUGUGGAGAUGAACGGACUGUACACUGAGGGAAUUUACCGCAAAUCAGGGUCCACACUCAAAGCCAAAGAGCUUCAUCAUCUGCUGGACAAGAGUCCUCAGAGUACCAGUCUAGAUAAUUAUCAGAUCCACACAGUUACAGGUCUAAUUAAGUCCUGGUUACGGGAGUUGCCUGACCCUCUGAUGACCUUUAACCUCUACAACGAUUUCCUGUAUGCUGCAGACUUGCCGGAGAAGUCUGAGAGGCUGAGAGCCAUUUACAGGAAGUUAGAGGAACUUCCUGCUCCGAACUACAGCACACUGGAACGCCUUAUCUUUCACCUGGUCAGAGUGGCAAAGGAGGAGUCUUAUAACCGGAUGUCUGCUAGUGCUCUGUCCAUCGUGUUUGCUCCUUGUAUCCUCCGCUGUCCUGAUGUUUCUGACCCUCUGCUUAGUAUGAGAGACCUGCCCAAGACCACGCUGUGUUUAGAAGAGGUGAUUGUGGAGCAGAUGAAGAGAUUUGAUGAAAAGAUGAAGGAGAUCCAGCAGCUGGAACACGCUGAGGCUCUGGCAAUUAAACAGCUCACACUUCGCAGACAGAACACGGUCCUGGAGAACCUGAAGGGGAAAGUGGACGUGUCUCGGGUGGACAGCUCAGAUUCCAGCAUGGAGAACACGCUCCUUGAGAGGAUUAGAUCUAUAAAGCAGGAGAAGAGUAAACUGGCCUACAUGCUGCCCGACCUGGACACUUCUGAUAAUGAGAACCUGGACUGUGAGAGCACAGUGAGCUCUGAGAGUCCUCUGGAGAACAAAAUUUCUCUCCUGGACUUGGAAGGUCAGCAGAGUGCACUGGAGCUGCGAAAGCUUCCUGAGGUGAAAACUCCCCAGAGACGAGUCAGUGCCCAGUCCACGUGUGUGGCCCGAGAUGACCAACGUGAAUCAAAACCCAGCGGACGCUUCACUGACCUCGACAUCCCCUUUAUAGAUGAUGACUUUUAGCAUGUAAACUUUCAGACGUGUAGCAAUAAUCAUUCACUAUACCGCCAUGUACAACAGGUGCAAUAUUGUUAGCAUGGAUUGUUUACAAAUGAGAGUUAGCCAAGUGCUGUAGAUUUCUUUGUACUCAUUUAAAGUCAUAUUUGUGUUGUUGCUAUGGUUACGUUAGCUAAUUAGCAUUAUGUGACCUGUGUGGUGGUAGUGUGACAAGCUGGCUAGCAUUAAAGUAGGAGCUAAAUAUCUAGCUAGCUAAUUGUUGACACAUUCACAGACUUCAUCUGUUCAUUAUAAAUACACCAAACGUUACUGACUUCAUUCAUUCAUUUGUGUCUUUGUGAAGUUUCCUGUUCACCUUUCAGCUGCACACAUCUGUACACACACACACUCACACACUCUCUCUCUCUUUCUCUCUCAGAAAUCUGUAUGUUAUGGAAAAUAAAAUGAAAUUUCAGUGUGAUUUCAGACAGAUCUUGUGAUUGUGAUUAGUGGAGACGGAGAUUAGAGACUUAUUUCUGCACAUAUUUCAUUCACAUUUUCUGUUUUAUUUUUUAAUGAUUUAAAAUAAGAGAUAAAAUGGACAAUAUUUAAAAAAUAUACAAAAGAGACGACUAUUGCUUCGUCUUCCUCCUCCUCAUCAUCGUCAUCAUCCGCUGCUGUUAUUUAUUAUUAUUCAUUUUGAAACAUCUGGAUUUUAGUGAAAUCUGUGGUAAGAAACAUAAUUCUACUGUAUAAGACAAACUGAUUAAUUGCAGAAUAAAACAGACAGAAAUGGUUAACAUUCA